AUUGAACACAAAAUUUAGUGGAUACAUCUCGAAAUUCUACACGUUCACGAACUGAUUUCACAUAAAACCAACAUUUUAAGUGUCAUCCGUAAAAAAAGACAAAUGUUGCUGUAAAAAAGAUUGUAUACAAGACGUUAUGUUUCUCUUUUUCACACAAGUCACAGGAAAUGUUGGUUUUUCGCAAGACUUGAUGUGCGCAUGUCAAAUGUUGAUAUGUAAGCUAGAAAAUUUUUGUUCGAAUUUUUUGAACAUUUCAAAACGUAUUUUCCGGUGGCACGAGCAUAUGUUCCCAUGUACCGAAUUGAAUUUCCACUAAAAAUAAGACUUUUCUAAAGAUAAACUUUCUCUUUUUUACAUGGAUCACACAAAAUAUUAGUUCCUCGCUAAACUUGACAAACACACGUUUAUUGUAGAGAUGUACAUGUAGAUUUUUUGUCAAAUUUUUUCAAUAUUUCAAACUAUAAUUUUUGGGCAGAUACGCAUCCAGGAGCCGAAUUGAAUUUUCGGUCCGAUAGUAUUAAGAUGUUCCAUCAUCUACCCGAGAAGAUAACCUAGGGCGUUUUUGGUAGAUCGCACGGCCCUUGCUUCUUAUUCGGGAGACAAAAUGGCCUUCCCAAUUCGCAUGUCGCGCUAGGUCCAGUAAUGAAGGGUCUGCCCAUGGUCACGGUCAUAAGUACUGAGCCUUGUUAUUCUCAUAUACACAUGAUUGACAGAGGCGGAGGAUUGUUGUCACUUGUAGACCCACGUACCGCCAACCAUAUGCAACGAUGAUUCUUACCAAAGUCCUUUAGGCAAAUAUUUCUUGGUCGACAACACACACCAUCGUUGAUAAGAAUGGCGGCGGCGAGCGGCAUCCUGGUGAACACCUUCGAGGCGCUAGAGAGCUCGGCGGUGGCAGCGCUUAGGGACCCCGACCGCGCCACCCCGCCAGUCUACUGCGUCGGGCCGGUGGCCGCGGAGACGGAGAAGCAGAGGCACCACCCGUGCCUCCCGUGGCUGGACGCGCAGCCCAAGCGCAGCGUGGUGUUCCUCUGCUUCGGCAGCCGGUGCACGGUAUCGCUGGAGCAGAUCGGUGAGAUGGCCGAGGGGCUCGAGCGGUCCGGGCACAGGUUCCUUUGGGUGCUACGCGCGCCGCCUGGCUCCACCGACGGCGAGGAGGACGCGGCGCUGUCUCUUCUCCCCGAGGGGUUCUUGGCCCGGACGGCGGACAGAGGCCUCGUGGUGGCCACGUCCUCCUGGGUGCCUCAGGUGGAGGUGCUGCGUCACGCGUCCACUGGCGCGUUCCUGAGCCACUGCGGAUGGAACUCGACGCUGGAGGCGAUGGGCGCCGGCGUGCCGAUGGUGUGCUGGCCGCUGGUAGCCGAGCAGUGGAUGAACAAGGUGUACAUCGUGGAGGAGCUCAAGGUUGGCGUGGAGGUGCGAGGGUAUAAGCGUGGCGGGCUCGUCACAGCCACCGACAUGGAUGCGACGGUUAGGCAGAUCAUGGACAUGGAACCGGAAUGCCGGCGAGCGGUCGAGGAACGGCUGGCGGAGAUGAAGGAGAGCACCGCCGCGGCGUGGAAGGAAGGUGGCUCCUCUCGCACCGCAUUCGCUGAGUUUGUAAAUCAGAUGGAGUAAUAAGGGAAUGUCUGCAGAAACUAUUUAAGUGUGCAUAAUGUCUGUAAAUUGUACAGUGCUGUAUUUCCACGGUGAUAAAGAACAUGAUUACUAGAAAGUGUAAUUUAUAACUGGAACCUACCACGGUGAUAUUGCAGC